UGCAACUUGACCGAGAGUGCAAGACAGUGACGCGCGGUUCUUUUUCCCUCCUCCAUCAGAAUCCCUCAUGAAGAUGGCCGCUUAACCACUCCGCACCAUGGGUUAACUAGGCGCCUUAAUCUGGCCAGGCCGGCAGCAAACGAGGUCAGAGACGGCAGCCAGCAGAGCGGCGACGGCAGUGAGCAUGGUGGGAGCGGCGGAGGGGAAGCUGGCGCUGGGAGACAUGAGGGUGCUCAAGCCAUUGGCCCACCUGCUGGUCGGGCUGGUGCUGUACUGGGUGGCCGAGGAGAUGACGGUGCCUGUGCUGGUCGACGUCACCACCGCCGCCCUCUGCCCCGGCGACGGCAGCACCUCCUGCCCGGAGGCCAUCUACCUCACCGGCCUCCACCAAACGGUUGGAGGCAUUUUCAGGGCUGUGGGAUUCACUCUGAUGGGGCAGCUCGCCGACGAGUACGGCCGGAAGCCUCUCCUCAUCCUCGCCGCUGGCACCUCCAUCAUCCCUUACAAAGAUUUCUACCUUUUGCAUCAACAAUCAGCCUUUCAUGACUAUUGUGUUCAUAUGCUUGUUGCAGGUGUGCUUGCUCUGAGCAGCACCAAGGUCGCCGUUUACGUCUACCUUGUCACACGCACGCUCUCAUUCAUGAUCGGCCAAGGGACCAUAACCUGCCUCGCAUUGGCGUACACGGCGGAUUUGGUAGAACCGUCCAAGAGGGCGUUCGCGUUUGGCUGCAUGACCGGGAUCCUGUCGGCUUCGCACUCCCUGGGGAACGUCUUCUCCAGGUUUCUGCCCGAGCACUGGAUUUUUCAGGUCUCGGUUCUUCUGCUGGUCUGUUCCGUGGUCUACAUGAAGAUUUGUCUGGUCGAGACACUUCAGAAAGCUCCCUCUGCUUCGUGUCAGCGUUUGUCCUUGUCGUCUUUGGUUCUCGGUUUGCCGCAGCAGCGUUGGGAGUCUAUCAAGGACAACAUUAGCAUGAUCAAAAUCAACAACACACUUAAGCGAAUCACAUACAUUUCCUUCUUCUACGAGUUAGGCAUGAUUGGCAUCAGCGAUGUUCUACUGUAUUACCUGAAGCUGGUAUUUGGAUUUGACAAGAAUCAGUUCUCCGAAAUUCUAAUGGUGGUUGGAAUUGGUUCAAUCUUUUCUCAGAUACUGAUACUCCCAGUUGCUAUCCAUGCAAUUGGCGAGAAGGGAGUCCUGUGCAUUUCAAUACUUGCAUCGGUUGCUUAUGCUAUGCUGUACGGCUUGGCUUGGAGUUGGUGGGCUCCAUAUUUUGCUUCUUCACUGGGUAUCAUCUAUUGUCUGGUCAAGCCGGCUACUUAUGCGAUCAUCUCUAGGGAAGUAGUCUCAGCUGACCAGGGAAAGGCACAGGGAUUCAUCGCAACAGUGAAAUCCACAGCUAUACUGAUGGCCCCAUUGUUCAUGAGCCCUCUAACCUCCUACUUCAUUUCCGAAGAAGCACCCUUCAACUGCAAAGGUUUCAGUUUCCUUGUCGCGGGUUUCUUCUUGUGGUUAAAGUCAGGGUCUGUCCUGAGGAUUGUAUCAAAGGAUACACGGCGGAACAGAAAAAAGGCUGCUGAGCGGGGUGUUCGUACUCGUGUUGCCCCUGAUGAUGGUGAGGAAGUAGGGGUGGAGGAUGCUACUGCAUCACGUGCUGCAAAUUGCACAGAGGUGGGAGAAAUUGGAGUUGAAGGGAAGGAAGGAAACGUUCCUCAGCGAUGUUCACAAGCUGGAAGGAUUAGGGCCUCAUCACGGAGGUUCGUGAAGGUGAACAAGGAACUGGCACCUGUUCAAAGGUCGUUCCUGUAUGAGAAGAUGUUAGGAGGUUUGGUAAACUUAGCAGACACACUGCCUUCCGACUUGACGAAGUUCCUAGUCCAGUCAUACGACCCAGAACCUUAUGUUCUGUUGAAGAGCAAUGUGAGCUUAUUUGUUGCUGACCACAUAGACGAAGCAUUCCACAACAUGGGUGAGGACAAGCAAACAGUCUGUUGCUACCUAUAUCAUUUGAUGAUUCUUUACAUUGAUGCACUUGAUGUUGAUGUGCGAGUAAGCCACUGCGAGGUUCGAGCCAAUGCCUAUGAUAAGAAUCUAAUCAAUAAGAUAAUAGAAAAGGACUUGAUUUCGCUUGGCGUCUUUGGGAAACUUCAAGUGAAUUGGACAUUCUGCUCAAAGUCUGUAAUUGCACAUUUUUUCCACAUAUCUCUCAAGGAGCAGUAUAGAAGGAAACAUGAUUCAAGACUCUUCAGAGGAUUACUGCAGGCAGAAGCGUUUGUGGCGUCAAAGGUUCCAAUGGGUUACAAUCCCCAUAAGAAGUUCAAGUUAGCAAGUAUGGUUCAUGAUCUAUGUAAAGGAAUAUCUGAUAAUCUUGGCAACUUCAUCGAAGGUUUUGCCAAGCUUGAUGAAGAGGAACCAGAUUUGUCUCCUCUCAAGGGGCUGUCAAGUGGUCACAGAAAGGCUCAAAGCUCACACACUAGGCGUCUGAAGCGUCAAUCUGCUGCCAAGCAAACAAAAGAGGUGGAGGGAAGUGAAGAAGAUGAAUUUGUGGAGGAAAGUGAGUCAGAGGAAGAAGAUGUUGACCUGGGAGUUGGCAAUGAUUCUGAAGAAAGUGAUGAGUCCGAAGAAGAAGGUGAGGAUGAAGAGGGAAGGAAUGUUGAAGAACAUGAUGAUGACAAUGACAAGGACGAUGCUGAUGAUGACAGUGACGAUGAUGUUGACAACGAUGAAGACAAAGAAGAGUCCGGUAAUGACGAUGAGGAAGAGGGAGAGGAAGGAGAUGCAACAGACAAGCGGGAAGGUGAGGAUGUCGACAAGGUUGAUGAAGAUGAGCAAAGAAAGGAUGGGGGCAGUGAUGAUGACAGCGAGGAGACACAUGACGAUGACAGGGGGGCCUUUGAUGGAGGUAGUGACAGUGGGAAGGAUGAUGAUGAUGGCAUGGGCGGCGGUGACAGCAGUUCAAAGAUGGCAAACACUUCUGGAGAUGGAGGAAACAGCAGCAGCAGCUCAACUGAUGAUAGUGUAACUCUAUAG